AUGUCAGCGAAAGCGCUGCUUGCGAGCGCUCGUAAAACUGGUGGUAUGCCGGACGAAGUGACUUUCCGGCAGGAGUUUAUGAGGGGUAUUGCUGUGAACACCUUCGAAACGUGCGCCAUUUGUCCCGAACUGCCACGCGUGUUCCCGUCGUCAACCCCCGAUCGAAAUGAGCGUGGUCGUAUGGUUUUCUUCGUGGGGGCGAUGGAUAGAUGGGGGCUGGAGGUGUUGGUAGAUGGCCAGGACAGCCAAGACUAUACGUCGGGAUUUGCCCCAGGUGGGCGCUAUGCAGCGCUUGAAGUUGAUGACUACGCGGUUCUUGAUCUACGUCGCAAUGCAAAUGGAACCAUCCCUGCUGCUGUCACUUUGAAGGAGAAGGUGAUCACGGUGUUCUUCAAGUUGGGCGACUUCUCCAGGUGCCAGUGCGUUCUUGGCAUGAACAAGACGCGGCGUGAUAUUGACCUGAGCUGA